AGAGAGACUCUGAAAUGAUCAAAAUCUCUCUCUGUUCUUUGCUGUGUCUUAAUUAUUUGUGUAUGCGCCGCCAUGGCUACAAAUUGGAAGCUUUUUGUUGCAGAAGAAAAAGAGGAGGAGCAACAUCAUUAGCUUCCUUCUUUCAAAUUUCACUAUGAAUCAGCUUCAGUUCUUCAACUCUUUCUCUCUUCCAACUUAUAAGCUUUCUCAAUUGGGAGCGAACUGGCAAUGGCGGGAACUUGAAUCCACAUCAUCGUGCCUGUGGGAGUGCAUUAGCAUAGGGGUACAAUUAGGGUUCUUGGGAGUAAUAAUCGUUCGAGUUCUUCAGAAGUGUGUUGGUUGGAUAUGGAAUUCUUACAGUGGAGAUGGCAAAUCGACGGAUCGAGCUGCGGAAAACCGUCCGAUCAGUCAGAAAUUGAGCAUUUCUUACAGAGUCGGUGUAGGCUGCUCCGUCUUGCUGUUGAUGAUUCAUGUUCUUAUGGCUUUUGUUUUGCGAAAUGGUUCUCAUUGCAAUUCCGGAAUCGAAGUAAUUUCUUCAAAGAUAAUGGGAGUGAUAGCGUGGGGAGGAGCGGUUUUUGCAGUUUUCGGGGUUUUGCGUGAUAAAUCCGUCGAUUAUCCUUGGAUCCUACGAGGUUGGUGGUUUUGCAGCUUCAUUUUAUCGAUUGUUCAUGUGGUUUUGGAUUUACAUUUCGGAAAUUUCAAGCACUUGAGAGUGCAAGAUUAUGUCGAGUUUUUCGGCCUUCUUCCGUCGAUUUUAUUGCUAGGGCUUUCCAUUCAUGGACAUACAAACAUAGUUUUCAAUGUUCAUAAUGUUUUGGAUGAUCCACUUCUUCCGGAAAAACGCCUAGAUCAAGAGAGGGACGAGAAGGAUUCUCCUUAUGGAAGGGCAACGCUUCUUCAACUCGUUACCUUCUCCUGGCUCAAUCCCCUGUUUUCUGUUGGAUACAAAAAGCCACUCGAAAAGGAGGACGUACCAGAUGUUUGUCGGAUAGACUCCGCGAAAUUUUUGUCACAUUCCUUUGAUGAGACACUAAAUUUUGUUAAGAAGAAGAACAAUAGCACAAAUCCAUCAAUAUACGAGACAAUAUAUUUGUUUGGUCGAAGGAAAGCAGCAAUAAAUGCAUUUUUUGCUGUGAUAAGUGCUGCAACAUCAUAUGUAGGACCAUACCUGAUUGAUGACUUUGUGAGUUUCCUCACUCAGAAGAAAAUGCGGACCUUAUCAAGCGGGUAUCUUCUUGCGCUUGCGUUUGUUAGCGCAAAGAUGAUCGAGACGAUAGCUCAGAGACAGUGGAUUUUUGGUGCACGUCAACUGGGUCUUCGUCUUCGUGCUGCUUUGAUAUCACACAUAUACCAAAAGGGCUUGCGUCUUUCGAGCCGAUCUCGCCAAAACUGCAGCAGUGGGGAGAUCAUGAACUACAUGAGUGUUGAUAUCCAAAGAAUCACCGACUUCAGUUGGUUCUUGAACACUGUAUGGAUGUUACCCGUACAGAUUUCAUUAGCUAUGUUCAUUUUGCAUACAAAUCUGGGAGUGGGAUCGCUGGGCGCAUUAGCAGCAACUCUAGUAGUCAUGUCCUGCAACAUACCAAUGACCAGAAUUCAGAAAAAUUACCAGACAAAGAUAAUGGAAGCUAAAGAUAAUAGGAUGAAAACCACUUCAGAAGUUCUCAAAAACAUGAAGACACUCAAACUUCAAGCAUGGGAUACUCAGUACCUCCAAAAGCUAGAACGCUUAAGGAAAUUGGAGCACCACUGGUUAUGGAAGUCAUUGAGAUUAAUGGGAAUUUCAGCUUUCGUCUUUUGGGGAUCGCCCACUUUUAUCUCCGUUGUAACGUUCGGGGUGUGUGUCUUACUGGGAAUUGAAUUGACUGCUGGAAGAGUCUUAUCUGCUUUGGCUACCUUCCGUAUGCUACAAGACCCCAUAUUCAAUCUCCCUGACUUGCUCUCUGCUCUUGCACAAGGCAAAGUCUCAGCAGAUCGAGUUUCAUCUUACCUGCACGAAGAUGAAAUACAGCAGGAUUCCAUCACUUAUGUUUCUAGAGAUCAAACGGAAUUCGAUAUAGAUAUCGAAAAUGGAAAAUUCAGCUGGGACCUUGAAGCAAGCAAGGCAUCUCUUGAUCAGAUAAACUUGAAAGUGAAAAGGGGGAUGAAGGUGGCAGUAUGUGGGACUGUAGGUUCGGGAAAGUCCAGCCUACUCUCAUGCAUACUUGGUGAAAUAGAAAAGCUCUCUGGGACAGUGAAGAUCAGUGGUACAAAGGCCUAUGUUCCUCAAUGUCCUUGGAUACUGUCAGGAAAUAUCAGGGAAAAUAUUCUUUUUGGAAAUGAUUAUGAAAGUACUAAAUACAACAGAACAAUUAAUGCAUGUGCUCUGGCAAAGGAUUUUGAGUUGUUUUCUUGUGGAGACUUAACUGAAAUUGGAGAAAGAGGGAUAAACAUGAGUGGGGGACAGAAGCAGAGGAUACAAAUUGCUCGUGCAGUUUAUCAGGAUGCUGAUAUUUACCUCCUUGAUGAUCCUUUCAGUGCAGUUGAUGCUCAUACAGGAACUCAACUCUUCGAGGACUGUUUGAUGGGUGCUCUCAAGGAGAAGACCGUAGUUUAUGUAACCCACCAAGUCGAAUUUCUACCGGCAGCAGACCUCAUCCUGGUGAUGCAAAAUGGAAAAAUUGCUCAAGCUGGAGGAUUUGAAGAACUUCUGAAACAAAACAUAGGCUUUGAAGUUCUAGUAGGGGCCCAUAGUCAAGCUUUAGAGUCUAUCGUCACAAUUGAAAACUCAAGUAGCAACUGUCAACUGCCAAAACCCGAAAAGGAAUUGUAUGAAGAUUCUCCCAUGAAUGUGAAUCCUAGAAAGUCACAACAUGAUUUAGUGCAGAAUAAAAAUUCUGCAGAGAUAACAGAGAAGGGAGGAAAAUUGGUUCAAGAGGAAGAGAGAGAGAGAGGAAGCAUUGGCAAAGAAGUGUUCGUUUCCUAUUUAACCAUUGUGAAAAGAGGAGCAUUUGUUCCGAUCAUAAUCUUGGCACAAUCGUCAUUCCAAGCUUUACAGGUAGCUAGUAACUACUGGAUGGCAUGGGCUUGUCCCCCUACAAGUGAUACAGAACCAGUAAUUGGGAUGAAAAUCAUACUACUUGUUUACUCACUACUUGCUAUUGGAAGCGCACUAUGUGUGCUUCUGCGAGCUAUGCUAGUAGCCAUAACAGGACUUCAGACAGCACAAACACUAUUCACAAAUAUGUUAUGUAGUAUACUCCGGGCACCAAUGGCAUUCUUCGACUCGACUCCCACUGGAAGAAUCAUAAACCGGGCAUCCACUGAUCAAAGCGUUGUAGACUUGGAAAUGUUUACGAAGUUAGGUUGGUGUGCAUUCUCAAUAAUUCAGAUUCUAGGGACCAUUGUAGUAAUGUCUCAGGUAGCAUGGGAAGUGUUUGCCGUUUUUAUUCCUAUUACUGCAACCUGCAUUUGGUACCAACAAUAUUACACACCUACAGCACGGGAACUUGCUCGGUUAUCUGGAAUACAACGAGCUCCAAUCCUUCAUCACUUCGCAGAAUCCCUAGCAGGAGCAGCAACUAUUCGCGCUUUCAAUCAAGAAGAUAGAUUUUUCAAAACUAACCUUGGUCUCAUUGAUGACCAUUCAAGGCCUUGGUUUCAUAAUGCUUCAGCCAUGGAGUGGCUUUCUUUCAGAUUAAACGUACUAUCAAAUUUUGUUUUUGGAUUUUCUUUGGUUUUGCUGGUGACUCUCCCUGAAGGAAUUAUUAAUCCAAGUAUUGCAGGCUUGGCAGUAACUUAUGGGAUAAACUUGAAUGUUUUGCAAGCUUCUGUUAUCUGGAACAUAUGCAACGCAGAGAAUAAGAUGAUCUCAGUUGAAAGAAUUCUUCAGUAUUCGAAAAUAAAAAGUGAAGCACCUCUUGUUAUUGAAAAUUGCAGACCACCAAGCAAUUGGCCGCAAGAUGGGAGCAUUUGCUUCAAAAAUUUGCAGAUCCGUUACGCGGACCAUCUCCCAGAUGUCCUGAAGAAUAUCAGUUGCACCUUCCCAGGAAGGAAGAAAGUGGGUGUUGUAGGAAGGACAGGCAGUGGGAAAUCAACUCUGAUACAGGCAAUUUUUAGGAUUGUUGAACCUAGAGAGGGAAGCAUUAUAAUAGACGAGGUUGACAUUUGUAAGAUAGGCCUCCAUGACCUGAGAUCAAGGUUAAGCAUCAUCCCUCAAGACCCUUCCAUGUUUGAAGGAACAGUUAGAGGAAACCUCGACCCACUAGAACGGUAUACCGACCAGGAAAUUUGGGAGGCGUUAGACAAAUGUCAACUAGGUGAUUUGGUGCGUGCAAAGGACGAGAAAUUGAAUUCUUCAGUGGUUGAAAAUGGAGAAAAUUGGAGUGUUGGUCAACGACAGCUAUUUUGUCUCGGGAGGGCGUUGCUCAAAAAAAGCAGCAUUCUGGUGCUUGAUGAAGCAACAGCCUCUGUCGAUUCUGCAACUGAUGGCAUCAUACAAAACAUCAUUAGUCAAGAGUUUAAAGAUCGAACCGUGGUUACCAUAGCUCAUAGAAUCCACACAGUUAUAGCUAGUGAUCUUGUCUUGGUCCUCAGUGAUGGAAGAAUUGCAGAGUUCGACUCUCCAAAAAUGCUUCUCAAACGAGACAAUUCGUUUUUCUCCAAGCUAAUAAAAGAGUACUCCACGAGAUCACAAAACUUCAGUAGUCUUGCAAAUCAAAGGUAUGAUUAGAGCUUCUGAGCAGCUUUCAGAACCAGAUUGAUGAUUUGAGACUUGUUGUCACUACCCAGCCGAAGAACUAAGAACUACAGUCUGCAGUGGCGAUCGAGGUAAGCAUAUUAAAAAAGCAAAAAAAUUUUGAUGAGUUGAGAAUUGUUGAGAUAACAUUAGUGGAAGAUAAUCAAUUGUAAUCUUUUUAAGAUGACAAUGACAUUGCAGAAAUCACCUGCCUAUAUUCUAAAGAUUUCAUCCGAACUCUAGAAGUUAUUGUACCAUUGUUUCGAUUA